AUGACCCAUCGGGGUGCGGUGGGCUCAGAUGCACGAGACGGAGAUGGAGCGGGUGUAAUGACAUCAAUUCCUCACAAGUUUUUCAUCAAGAAUUUCGAACGCGAAACGGAUAUCAAGCUUCCUCCUAUGGGUCAAUAUGCAGUGGGCAAUCUUUUCUUCAAACCAGAUGAGGAGACCUUACAAGAGUCAAAGAGACAAUUAGAGGAUAUCUCAGAAUCACUGGGUUUGAGGGUAUUGGGAUGGCGAGAGCCUCCUAAAGAUUCUACUCUUCUUGGCCCUGCCGCUGCUUCUCGUGAGCCUAUUAUUUUGCAGCCUUUCGUUGUGCUAGCAUCUGCCUAUGGGCCAGGAAACUCGCCAGAGACCACAGAUCCUGAUCAUUUUGAUGAGAAAUAUUUCGAGAGACAACUUUACGUGCUGCGAAAGCGUGCGACCCAUACCAUUGGUCUUCACAAUUGGUUUUAUCUAUGUUCCCUUUCUAACAAGAAUAUUGUUUACAAGGGCCAGCUUGCACCCGUGCAGGUUUAUCAGUAUUAUUAUGAUCUGGUAAACGCUGAUUACGAAGCCCAUUUUGCUCUUGUACAUUCCCGUUUUUCUACCAAUACCUUUCCUUCGUGGGAUCGUGCUCAGCCCUUGCGAUGGGCAGCUCAUAAUGGUGAGAUAAACACACUGCGAGGUAACAAGAACUGGAUGCGUGCUCGUGAGGGUGUCAUGCAGUCUGAUGUCUUUCGCGAAGAGCUCGAAUCGCUCUAUCCCAUUGUUGAAGAUGGUGGCUCUGAUUCCGCUGCUUUCGACAACGUCCUGGAGUUGUUGACUGUAAAUGGGGUUUUGUCAUUGCCUGAAGCUGUUAUGCUUAUGGUGCCCGAGGCUUGGCAAGGCAAUGCUGCCAUGGAUCCAGCCAAGGCUGCCUUCUAUGAAUGGGCAGCUUGCCAAAUGGAACCUUGGGAUGGACCAGCCCUCUUCACAUUUGCGGAUGGAAGAUACUGCGGUGCAAAUCUUGACAGAAAUGGUCUUCGGCCCUGCAGAUACUAUGUACUGGAUGAUGAUAGAAUCAUUUGUGCGUCGGAGGUCGGAACCAUCCAAGUUGAUCCCGAGCGUGUCGUUCUCAAAGGUCGGUUGCAGCCGGGAAAGAUGUUGCUUGUCGACACGCUUGCAGGCCGAAUCAUUGACGAUGCCGAGCUGAAGAGUACGGUCUCCAACCGCCACGACUUUCGAUCAUGGCUUCACAAAGAGCUUAUCAGCUUGCCCAAGAUUUACGAAGAUCUGGUCACCGAUGGAACCCUGGAUCUCGCUGCGAAGCCUGACUCUGCAGCAAUUCAAGAGGAUGCUAUGCUGAGGGCCUUUGGAUAUUCAUUCGAACAAGUCAGUCUGCUUUUAGGGCCUAUGGCUUCUGACGAGAAAGAGGCCCUUGGAUCUAUGGGAAAUGAUGCUCCUCUAGCAUGUCUUGCUGAAGCACCUCGCUUGCUUUACGAGUAUUUCCGACAACUCUUCGCACAGGUCACCAAUCCACCAAUCGAUCCUAUCAGAGAGGCCAUUGUCAUGUCCUUGGAGUGUUAUGUCGGCCCACAAGGUAAUCUACUGGAAAUGGACCAAUCCCAAUGUGCUCGAUUAUUGCUACCAACGCCUGUUCUGUCGAUUCCCGAGUUCAACGCUUUGAAGAACGUCAGCAAGCUCAACCCCUCGUGGACGGUGAAGGUCAUUGACUUGACAUUCCCCAAAUCCGAAGGCGUCAAUGGCUAUAUCAAUCAUCUCGAUUACAUCUGCGACCAAGCAACUGCUGCAAUUGCGAACAAGGACCGUAUCAUUAUUCUCUCUGACCGUGCCACCUCUGCCGAUCGUGUCCCUGUUUCUGCUCUACUUGCUUCUGGUAUGGUCCAUCAUCAUUUGGUCAACAACAAAUGGAGGUCACUCGCAGCUUUGGUGGUUGAGACUGCGGAAGCCCGUGAAGUCCAUCACAUGUGCGUGUUAGUCGGAUACGGUGUAGAUGCCAUAAAUCCGUAUCUCGCCAUGGAGUGUAUUCUUAAGCUCAACCGUGAGGGCUUGAUCAGGAAAAAGCUAAGUGAUGAUACACUCAUUCGUAAUUACAAGUAUUCUGCAGAUGGUGGAAUCUUGAAAGUCAUGAGCAAGAUGGGUAUCUCUACCUUGGCUAGUUACAAGGGUGCCCAGAUCUUCGAAGCCCUAGGUGUUGAUGAUACUGUCGUGGAUCGGUGCUUCAAGGGUACUGCCACUAGAAUCAAGGGAAUCACCUUUGAGCUCAUUGCAGAAGAUGCAUUCCGGUUCCACGAAAAGGGCUUUCCUUCCCGAUACACUGUCGGUAUCCCAGGUCUUGCUGAAUCUGGUGAAUACCACUGGCGUGAUGGCGGCGAGCCACAUAUCAAUGAUCCUACCUCCAUUGCCAACAUUCAGGAUGCAGUUCGGACCAAGAAUGAUAAAUCAUAUGAGGCAUACUCGCUCGCCGAGUACGAGCAGAUCAAAGCUUGCACACUUCGAGGUCUUCUUGACUUCAAAUUCGAUGAGUGUACGCCAGUUCCGAUCGACCAGGUCGAGCCUUGGACAGAAAUUGUGCGACGAUUCUGUACUGGUGCCAUGUCAUAUGGUUCAAUUUCCAUGGAAUCUCAUUCAACCUUAGCCGUUGCUAUGAAUCGUCUUGGUGGAAAGUCCAACACCGGUGAAGGUGGUGAAGACCCCGAGAGAUCUGAAAGAAUGCCAAAUGGUGAUACUAUGCGCUCGGCAAUCAAGCAGGUUGCCUCGGGUCGAUUUGGGGUUACGUCUAACUACUUGGCCGAUUCGGACGAGCUUCAGAUCAAGAUGGCUCAAGGUGCUAAACCUGGAGAAGGUGGAGAGCUCCCUGGCCACAAAGUCUCGAAGUCCAUUGCCAGAACCCGCCACUCGACGCCUGGUGUUGGUCUCAUCUCGCCUCCACCCCACCACGACAUCUACUCUAUCGAAGACUUGAAACAGUUAAUCUAUGAUCUCAAAUGCUCCAACCCUCGUGCAAGAGUCUCUGUUAAACUUGUUUCCGAGACUGGCGUGGGAAUUGUUGCGUCUGGAGUCGCUAAGGCUAAGGCCGACCACAUUUUGAUCUCUGGCCACGAUGGUGGAACUGGUGCUUCGAGAUGGACCGGUAUCAAAUAUGCCGGUCUGCCUUGGGAGCUCGGUCUUGCCGAAACCCAUCAGACUUUGGUUUUGAAUGAUCUCCGUGGUCGUGUUGUUGUGCAGACUGAUGGUCAACUUCGGACUGGCAGAGACGUCGCCAUCGCCUGUCUCCUCGGAGCCGAAGAAUGGGGUUUUGCCACGACCCCCCUUAUCGCUAUGGGCUGUAUCAUGAUGAGAAAGUAA